AUAUUUUUUGGUUAUGACAAUUCGGAACGACGGAGUAUUAUACAUUGUGUAUUCGUGUUCGCGUCGCAGUCUAUUAGUCUAACCACGUUUUUCCUUCGCACUAGAAGCUCAAAUUUUUAUAAAGUUAUCGAUAGCUGGUAAAAUAUUAAGGUGAAUCGUUCUCGACAUCGCAUCUCGUCUCUUGGUGCGUUUACGGUGUUGCAGUUUUUUUAACCAUAUUUUUCGGUGUCCGUCAUCGUUGUUUGUAUGGAUUACGUGUGUCCGCCAAACACGAGUUCUUCUUUGGUGACCGCGGACGUCACCAAUAAAACAAUACGCCGGUGCUUUUAAUAAUAUUAUUUAAUACAUUGACGAUAAACUGUGUGACUUUCUGAGGUCUCGUCGACCACCAUGUCGGAUCUGGUGCGAGUGUUAGAAACGCAUAAGAUUAAAUGCCACUUGGGACUGGACCGUGAAGGCAUAAGGGGCGGAUUUAUAGUCGGCAGUGAGUAUGUGUGGUUCACAAACAAGGCCGACAUCGCGCUCUAUUCAAAGACCACUGGAUGUGUUGAGUUUUCCAGAUCUUUCGGCGGCGAUGCUCAAACGGACAAUUCGAUAGAGAUUACCUUUGUUCAAGAAUUACAUAAAAUUGAGGAAACAACGAACAUGCUAUUGGUCGGAUGUUCAUGUAAAUCUUUUGGUAUAUUGUUUGUUUGUCAAUUUCCAACAUUAACGAUCAUUCGUUGUAUUCAUUUACCAAGUCCAAUAUCCUACAUUUCUACAAUAAAUAAUGAAUCACUCGCUCAUGAUCAACUUUGUGAUAAGUUCAAAGUUAUGUCCACUGUACUUUUAGUUGGAAUGAUAACUGGAGCAGUUUAUGCAGUUGACUUAAGAAAACGUCACAUUGAAAACCAAUUAAAUAAUAAUGAAAUAGUUGUAAAUGAAUCAAGUCCAAGCAAACUAUUCAUUCUAAGAAAAAACGACGAUUUCCAAGAAGCUAAAAAGAUAUGUGAUCACAAUGACUUUCAUUUAGCAAUGUUUAUAAAUGAAAACUUCUGUAAUUUUUAUAAAAGACAGUGCAGUGGCAAACUAAACUUCAACAUAUCUUGUUUGUUAUAUACUGAAGAAAUUAAUGCUGUUGCAAUUGGAUAUAUUACAGGUCACUUCCAACUAUGGGACUGUAAAAAUAUGCAGACACUAUAUGUAUUAAAAAAACCUGAAUGCAAUAUGCCAAUAACCCAUAUUACUUUUCUUGAACAAGCUGAUGUUCCAAACAAUCUAUGUUAUCUUUGGAUUAUUCAAUCAGAUAAUUCUAGACUUCCAAAUGCAAUGAUGAUUGCUUUAUCCUAUGAACAUAAAAUUAUGAUGUCAAAUGGCCAUUGUUCAUAUAGAGUAUAUAAAGAAUACAAUAUUAAAUUAAAAAUGCUUUUAAGAAAAGAAUCUGGAAUUGGUCGAUGUAUAUCUGCAUUAACUUUAUGUAAUGACACCUUGGACAAAAAAAGCAUUGGUGUGUCUCUAAACUGUGGAAUAACAUUAUUUGCAAUAUUAAUGGAAAUUCGUCAAAAUGUAGAUACCAGUCCUAAAUCUUACGUUUUUUUGUUUGAUAUUAACCAGUGGAAUAAAGCCCAAAUGCCAUCAAUUAUCAACCAUAUUAAAGAAUCAAAUUCUUAUGCUUGUUUUGUGAAAUUGCCCAAUUAUGCCAGUUAUUUAGAUUUUAAUAUUUCUAAUAAAACAUUGCGCCCAUUUGGUUCCAAUUUUAGAAAUAAUUUUAAAAUACUCCAUUAUCCAUCUUCAAUUUAUUUUGAAUGUGAAUGCUUAUUAGACACCAAAAUUAUUAAAUUUAAACAUGUUGGUGUUCAGCAAGAAGUUUUAGAUAAAUUGAUUUUAAACAGUUGGAGUUUAUUUGAAAACCCAAGUUUAAUAUUCCGUCAGUGUUUACAAGCAAAUUUAAGACCAUUAUUUUGGGAUAAAACUUAUGAUUACAAAAAUUACACUUUGCUCAACAAAUUACAUUUUGUAGUAUCUAUCAUAGUAGAAAAUAACAUUAUGUCAGUAUUUGAUGAAUGUGUUAAAAAAUGGAAAAAUGGAACUCAUAGUGAAGUUAUAAUUCUACAUUUAGUGGAAUGUCUUUGGAACCAUGUCAUGCUUGUCAAACAAUAUGCUGAUCAAUUAUGUGUUCCUUUAUUUGACGGUUCUGGUGCGCUGGUUGGUAAAAAAAAUGUGAGGAUGUUAAAUGAAUGUUUGUCUCAAAUGCUAAGUGUUGAAAAUAUCUUCAAACGUAUGCAGUUUACGGACUGUGUUCAAAUAAUAAAUGUUGACUUGGUUAAUCGAGUAAAAAUUUUAAAUUUAGUCACUCAAUAUUUUAAUGCAAUAAUUUAUUUUCUCAACUUACAAAUGUUACCAAAACAAAUUGAAGAAGAUCCUACUCGUCAAAUUAUACAAUGUGAUUUUACUUCCCUCAUCCAGUAUGCUAAUAAACGUCGAACGGAAUUUGGAAAUUUGCCAUUAUAUCUUAUUGACGCUAUUGUCACUAAUGAACCUAAUAGAAAUAAAUUAAUCGAACAAUGGAAACGUGAAUCUAUUGAAGAAACUAAAGGCUUGUAUCCACCAACCAGUGUCCAAAGUCUGUUAAGGAUUUAUUUGAAUACUGAACUCUCUAACCGAGUCAAAGAUUUCAUUACUAUUUAUUUUUUGAUUGAUGUCUGUUCUGUGCAAAAGAUGAAUGAAAUAACUGGAAAUAUUUUUAACGAUACUUUUGUUAAAAAUGAAGAGUUAUAUAAACUUUGUUGUGCAGGUUGGCUUUUUGAUCAUGACAUGUUUGAAGAUGCUAUGCUUAUUUUGUCCAGUAAUAAUGAGUGGAUGGUAAAUGAUAAAUCUUGGAAUUGGUAUCACUGGACUGUCUUGAAAUUAUUUGUAUUUAAAAAACAAUAUUAUUGGGCACAGAUUUACUUUGAACUCUUUGACAUCAAAUUAGUCAACCUUGAUGAUCAUAAAUUUUAUGUUAACUUACAAAUCAUGAACAACCACUGUUUUGAUGCUCUAAGUCAUUUGAAUUCAAGAAAUAUUGAAGAAAAAAUGAUAUUGUUUGAAUACAUUUUCGAUCGAUGCAGGCAUACCAAUCAAUUAAAAACAUUCUUAAGUUAUCCUUUGGAUCCAGAUGAAAAAAAAUUAUUUUUUUCUUGUUUAAAAAAAUUUGAAGACACUAAAUUAAUUCAAUUUAUGUUUUUAGUACAAGAAAAAAGGUACUCUGAAGCUUUAGAACUAUGUAAAUCAUUGAAAGUCAAAACUAAUUCAAAACAUGAUUACAUUCUUGCAAUUGCUAAUGUUUUAGUUGGUAAAAUUAAAGAUAACAUAUCUUCAAAUAACAAAAGUGAUCUUAACAAAAAAGUAUUUUCUAAUGAAGAAAUUAAGAUGACAUUUAUGAAUUGUUUUAUGGAUGAUCAUAUUAAUAUGAAAGAAUCAAAUACUUUUACAAGUUAUGAUGAAUCGUGUCAAAUUAAUCUUAUUGUACCAGAUGAUGACAUAGUUGAUAAAAUACAAGGUCUUGGAGAAAAAGUUUCAACAAUAAAUGGAGUAUUGAGUACCUCAAAAAUGGAAACUGUAGAACAAAUUGAAAAUAAAUUGCUAAAACUCCUUGACACUCCGUUCAUUCAAAACAUCAGUACUCUACCUUCUGUUACAAGUGUGGCAGUUCCAAAGAAGAAAUCUGCAACAGAUAAUAAGCUUUUAUCAAUGAUAAAAUUAGACAAGACGUUUCAAACUUUAACAUUUGAUCUACCAGUUAAUAAUGACAGUAAAGUUGACAAAUUCAGUCAUAAAGAGGGCAUGAGCAUGAAAAACAUUAUUCCUGAAAAUGUAAACGUCAGAAAUAGUGAUACUAAUAAUUUACCGAUUAAUAUGGUCACGGAACAAUCACCGAUCACUUUCCACAAGUUACUCAAAGAUAAUUCUAAAAUUAAAUUAUUAGAAACUGCCCCUAUACCUUAUACUGUAGAUAAAGAAGAGUAUGAAAAAAUGGAUAUUUCUGACAAUGACCCUAGUGUCUUACCUGAUGGUGAAUAUAAAUACUAUUUUGAAGAACUAGAAGUCCUACUUGAUAGUGCAAACGAUAAACAUAAUUCAGAAGAACUAAAUAACAUACUUGAAGUUGAAGACAAUUCAAAAGAACCAGAUGUAAUACUUGGAGGUAAAAAUUAUGAACAUGUAAAAAAACCAGAUAUCAUUCUUGAUUAUUCAAAUAAUACUAACAAUUCAGAACAACUAGAUGACUUACUUGACAUAAGUAUAGAAAACCAUUUAGAUGAAACAAGCAUUUUACCUGAUUGUGAAAAUGAAGACAAUUUAGAAGAACCAGACAUCAUACUUGAUGAUGCAAAUUAUUAUAAUAAGUUAGAACAACCUGAUGUCAUACUCAAAUGUGACAUUGGUGAAAAUUUAGAAGAAUCAGAGUUCAUACUUGAUGAAGACAAAAGUGUAGAAGACAAUUCAGAUCAACUUAGUGUCACACCUGAUGUUGAAGAUGAAGACAAUUUAGAAGAACCUUAUGUCAUACUCGAAGGAGAAAAUUAUGAAUAUGUAAAAGAACCAUAUAUCAUACUUGGCAAUUCAAAUUAUACUAAAAACUCAGAACAACCGGACAACGUAUUCGAUGAUGACAUAAGUGUAGAAAACCAUUCAGAUCAACCAAGUGUCUUACCUAAAGCAGAUAUCAUAUUUCAAGGUGAAAUUGAUGCCAAUUUAGAAGAAACAGAUGACUUACUUGAUUAUGACGUAAGUGUAGAAAACCAUUCAGACGAAACAAGUAUCUUACCUGAUGUUGAAAUUGAAGACAAUUUAAAAGAAUCAGAUGUCAUACUCAAAGGUGAAAAUUAUGAAUAUGCAAAAGAACCAGAUAUCAUACUGAAUAAUUCAAAUGAUACUAACAAUUCAGAACAACCAGAUGACUUACAUGAUGAGAACAUAAGUGUAGAAAACAAUUUUGAUCAAGAUAGUGUCAUACCUGAUGGUGAAAAUGAAGAAAAUGUAGAAGAAUCAGAUGACUUACUUGAUGAUGCAAAUUAUCAUACAAAUUCAAAACAACCAGACGUCUUACUUGAUGACGAUGUACAAAAUGUACAAAACCAUUUAGAUCAACUAAAUGUCAUACCUGAUAUUGAAAAUGAAGACAAUUUAGAAGAAUCAGAUGUCAUUCAUGAAGGUGAAAAUUAUGAAUAUGAUGUAGAAGAACCUGAUAUAAUUCUUGAUAAUUCAAAUGAUACUAACAAUUCAGAACAACCAGAAGACUCACAUGAUGAGAACAUAAGUGUAGAAAAUCAUUCAGAUCAACAUAGUGUCAUACCUGAUAGUGAAAAUGAAGAAAAUAUAGAAGAACCAGAUAUCAUUCUUGAUGAUUCAAAUGAUAUUAACAAUUCAGAACAAUCAGAUGACUUACAAGAUGAGGACAUAAGUGUAGAAAACCAUUCAGAUCAACUUGGUAUCGUACCUGAUGGUGAGAAUGAAGACACUUUAGAAAAAUCAGAUGUCAUACUUGAGAGUGAAAAUAAAGAAAAUUCAGAUAAAGCUUAUGUAGGAGAACAAAAUAUAAUAAAAUUGUUUGAAAAAACACCAGAAAAUAAUGUUAUGGUAGACCAUGAUAAUGUAAUAUAUCCUACAGAAUCACAAGCUAACGUGUUGGAAAUUCUUACUCCUUGUAUUUAUGGCCUCCCUGAAGAGAAUCGUUCAAACGAUGAAAGUCAAAUAACAAUUAUUGAAAAGGAAAAUGAAAAUUAUUUUGGUAAUAUAGUUGAUGGUAACCAGACUUCAGUUGUAAUUAAAGAAGAUGAUAUUGCUGAAGUAGUAGAAAAUAUAGAUAGUUACAAUAAGCCAAGUACGCCUAUUAGUUUUCAAAUCAUUGAAAAUCCCAAAGAAGAUGUAUGUAAUGAUCAAAAUGAAGAUUAUCUUUAUGAUGAGUAUCAAUUUUCCAACAAUUAUAUUUUGUCGGAAUUGUCAACUAUUGAAUUUAAUCCUAUACCUGAAUAUGGUUUUAAUCAUCUUACUAUGACCGGAAAUGAAUCAAAUCAACUAGAAAUGUAUGAAACUAAUCAACCAACAUCAGUUUUGUUAAAUGAAUCAUUUUUUAACAAUAUAAGUUUAGGAACAACAGGUGAUGUUAUUGAAACCCGAGAUACAGUUGUAGACAACAACAUAGAAAUAGUUAUAGAUAAGAUAUCAGAGAAUGUUGAACCAUCUUCUUCCAAUAUAACUAUUAAUACUAAUUUAUAUAAUAAAGAAAUAAAAUCCUAUCAACUAGUUGAAUCUAAAGAUAUUGCUUUUCAACAAGUUAAUACUAAUAUAUUAAAUUCUUCAAAAAGAGAGUAUGCAGUUGAAAUACAAAAUAGCUGUCCUUCCGCAGCAUUAGAACCUAGUAAAACAUUAAUUAGUAAAGAAUUUCCAACUAAUAGUAUGUUAUAUAAAGACAUUUUAAUUCAAGAAGAAACAUCUAAAUUAGUUAAUUUCAUGAAAAGUAAUUCAGGUAUUGAAAGUAGCGAAAAUUCAGCAGAAAAUAUACACAAUUUAUGUACACAUAAAAAAAAUAAGCAACCAUUUAUUGAACAAAAAACUAAAAAUAUUCCUAAUCUCCGAAAAAGAAGGUACGGGACCAAAUGCAUUCCAUGUUCUGACACCAAAUUAACUACAAAAUCAAGAUCUGAAAGUAAAACUAAACAAGUCGAAUUGAAAAUUAUUUCUUCAAAUAUUUCCUCCCCCACAUCUGAUAUUUUUGAAGAUUGUUUAGUGAGUAUGUCAAAGAAGAGACCAAAAUGUCAGAAAAAAGUUGCCUUGAUAAAACGUAGAAGGGUAUGUCCAAAGUAUGUGACUUCUAAAUAUAGGCCUUCCAACAGCAAAAUUGACUUAGAGCAAAUAUCCGGAGAAAGUACAACAAACAAAGAUAAAAACAUUAAGAAAAUUGAAGAAUUGCUACCAAAUAAUUUACUUAAUAAAGAUACAGAAUCUCUAGAAGAACUGACAAAAUCAGCCAUGCCUAUUAAGAUUAAACCAGAAGCUGAAAACAACAACAAAAUACUAAAUCAAAAUGUCAUUUCUUGUACAAAAAAUUUCAAACAUACAUUUUUUCUAGAACCUAAAUUAAUCCUCAAGAAGUUUGAUGUCAGUUUAUAUAAAAACCGUUUUGAACUACUUGCAAUGGAUAAUAAUACUAGCCAUGUCUCAUUAACAACUAACAAAACAAAUAGUCAAAAACCUAUUGCAUUGAAAAGACUUAGAAAAGGAUGUUUAAAAUCUAUGAAAAAACCAACGGCUUCUAAUACAAUAAUCAACUUGGAAGAGCUUAGAGAAGAUUCUGUCAAUAUUGAUAAAAAUAAAGCUGUAACAAAAAAAUCAAAAUUAAAUUCCUCAUACAAAAUAAAAAAAGUUGAACUUGACAAGAAUUUAAAAUCUAGUCCAGAUCGGCAUGUUGUGACUUCAAUUCCUGAUCCAAUUAACUGUUUAAUUGAAAAAACUAUUAACUUAAUUUCUGAUGAUGAAUUUGUGUCAGAUAAAGUUCAAGAAGAAAUGGGUAAAAUAAGUUCAGAUAAAGAAAAAUUAGAUUGGAGGAUAAUAUCUCAUGGAGUCAAAACAAAUACGGACACUAUACCUAAAAUUCGAAUAGGGCGAAAUAAAAGUGAAUUAAAUACCGUAUGUGUUGGCUCACAGUUGGACUUUGAUGCUGUUAAGCGGAGCUCAACAAUUGUCCUAGAUCAAGAACUAGGACUUAUAAAAAAAUCAAGUGAAUCUAAUAAACUGAAAUUCAAUCAGCAAGUUUGUCGUAGGUCUUCAAGAAAAAUUUUAAAAAAACAAAAAUGUUCUUGUUGCACUAAUAAAUUGAUGGAUGAUGUUUGCAGUUCUAAUGUAUUAUGAAAAGCCAUUUUGUUAAAAGAUAUUACACCAUCUGAUCUAAUUUAGAGAACUGUAUAAGAACCAUCAAAUUAAAAACUACUUUUUGGAAACACAUUGCCAACAAACAAAAAUAAAUAGAACAAUUCAAAUGUUUUAUCAAAUAUAAUAAACUAUACAUAAACCAAAUCAAACUAUCCAAAAAAAUCAAAACAAGUGAUACCUGAUUUUAUAUUACUCAUGUUCAACUUAAGUUUGUCUUUGUUUAUAUUAAUUCCUUAUUCUAUCAAACUUAAUUUAUGUUUAUUUUGUUAAUAUCCAAAUCUAUUAAUUAUGUAUUUCAAUUCUAUCUUUUUUUAACCAAACAUUAUACUAUUUGUAUAUGUAUUUAAUAACAUACAUUUAAUGAAGUUGUUUUAAUACUAAAUUUUUAUUUUAUUGUUAUCAUAGUGUCAACACAAUAUAAUUAUUAUAUAAUAUUAAGUAGACCUAUUAUUUAUUUAUAAUAAAAUUUGUAAAACAUAUAUUUUUACAUUCAUGCCCUCAUCCUUAUCUAUUAAUAUUUAUUAUAAUUGUAUUGUACUAAUUAUCAAUUGAAAUAAUUAAAUAAAAAUCUCAGUUUAUUAAUUAUUUACAUGAAUAGAAAUUACAAAAUUAUUACUGAUGUUGCUUUUUAUUUACAUUCAA